AUGAGCUCUCAGCGGUACCAGCCGAUCCAUUCACACGAUGACGACGAUGUCGAAACACCUAUAGCCACGUCCGGCAACCAGCAUAUACCUAACUCUCCUCCACCGUCUUUCCGCUCUCGCGAUUCUUCGCCGACGUCUCGCCGAUUACUGGAUCAAGACCCCUUAUCAAACGAAGGCGAGCGCGAUCUACAGGAUGCCUUUGGCGAUGGCUCAGACGAUGAGAAUGAAGAGGACGAUAGACAACGCCUGAUGAGAGCCAACCCCAGCGAGGCUCAACGCAAUGCGGCCUCCUCAAAUUCGACAUCACGACCCGAGGUAGAGCGACGGGUGACCGAACUGCCCGCUUUCCGCCCGCAAACCCGGGUCAUGGAACAGCCAGCAAACGAUGGCGUCUUUGCUAAUCUCGGCGCCAAACUCGAGCGUGGCGAACAGCUCGACGAGAAGCCUCCCACUUAUGAACAGGCUGCCGCUGACGCCACCCCUCCCUAUUGGGAGACCACCAUCUUGGCUCCCGGCAUGUCCUCCGACGAGGUCUACGUCGAUGGCCUGCCUGUGGGCUCUCUGUUUUCCUUCAUUUGGAACGGCAUGAUCUCGAUGUCAUUUCAGCUCGUGGGCUUCCUACUCACUUACCUCUUACACACUACGCACGCAGCCAAAAACGGUUCCCGGGCUGGUCUCGGUCUUACCCUUGUGCAAUACGGCUUUUACAUGCGCUCUGGGCCCGACCAUCCGGAAGGCAACCCUGGACAGUUCUCCAAUUCCUCACCACCAGACCCUAACAGUCACAAUUUUGAUCCCAACAACGUAGAUGGAAACCAAGGCGACGGCAGCGACGGCGACUCUGGAGUUGGCGGUCUUACAGGAAUCGACUGGGUCUCCUAUCUUUUGAUGAUCGUUGGAUGGUUCAUUCUCAUCCGAGCAGUCUCGGAUUUCCUAAGAGCGCGAAAAGCGGAGCAAUUGAUAUCGUCAAGUCCCAGUCGAGGACUCCCCGUGCCAAUCAUCGCCGAGGGAGAGACUCCCGAGCGCACGGCAUGA